GGCCGCCUUCCUGAACUCCGCGGCUGGUGCUUUCAUUUUAUUUCAGACCACGUAGGGGGCUGACUGGAAGCGAUGAAACAAUUCAGGUUUUCGAGGCAGAUUGAGCAAGAACCUUAGCGGGGGGUGGAAGUAGGGUGGGGGUGGAGAUCCUGCCAGAAAACAAACAAAAAAAAUCAGUUUCCAAGGACUGUGGGUUUGGUUCAAUCCCGUGGCUGCUCUGUUUUGUUUUGCUUUCUUAGUAUAUAAUCCUACAGAUAAGAGGGUAAUAUAAAUACUUCGGGAGAUUGGGAAAUUGCUGAAGAGUAGUAAGGGGGAAAAAAAAAAAGCCAGUCGGAAGCUGGUUAUAUAAUGCGCGAUGUGGCUAACGAGAACGGCAAGCUAUUUUUAUUUUGUUUACCGUAUGCCGUGCAGUAGGGACUCCUACAAACUGGUUCUGUCCCCGAAGAGAUUCUUAGUUUCCCUGUGAGAUCCACAGGAUACAAUUAGCAAAAUUAGAAGACCCUAUUAAACCCACAGAAUAAAAAUUAAUGGCUUGGAGUGGCAUACUCCGUGCACAUCCUGGUGCAUGCACGGGAAUGUGUGUAUGCAAAUAAGUUCUUUGCCAAUCUUGUAGUCACAUCUCAUUGACAUUUGUGUUUUAUAAUGCAGGCUGUUCUUAAUAUUUAAACAUAAUCGUUACAUAUCGCUCACAGCAGCGGGUAGUUACUUGAAGGUUAUUUUUAGGCACAGCUAGUUACUUUUUCGACAGUGUUAGCUAAGCUAUUUCAUUUGGGUUUCUGAGGAGCCCUGCAGUUCCUAGAAGCCCCUGUCUUAAGCCCACCGUGUGGUUUAUUUGGUGGGUGAAGGCAGUUUGACACUUCAGCCUAUUUUGGAAUGCAGUGUUUGCCUGAAGAAACCACCAGAGAGAAGGAUGAGAAAAUCUUGCAAAUGAACUCUUGGAAAGGGACUGCACCAUAACGACUAAUGCUUUGGCAUUUAAUCUCCUCUGAUUGCCCUCUGUGCCUGCAUCAGUCAAUAUUUUAGCAGCUCCACAGAUAACUGGGCUUGAGUGCCACCUUCUACAUAUAGCAGAGGUUGAAGGACUCCCCUGAACCUUCUGCCUGCCUGCCUUUCUCAUCUCGUAGAUACCUGUCAGCAGGUGUAGGUUUUCGGUGUACUUACUCCAGCUCUGAUCACUCAUGUAAUUAGAUCAGGCUGCCAUGGCAACAGACAGUGUUCCUCCGUCCAUUCAGGUGGGUUUGUCUUGUGCCUGGACUACUCCCAAGUGUUUCAUGCACAGUAUUUGUGCUGCCCCAGCCAGAUGAGAGACUUUACUAUUUCAGCUGCAUCUUCUUUCUGUCAUUUUUGGACGGGAGACACUGAAUGAUGCUUCUAGUUACUCAGCUUUUAUAAAGGAGACCAACAAGCUGUGCUUACUGGGUGCAGUAUGUAAAUGCAUCUCCCCAGACAGUGAGAGGAGCCCGACAAUCCUGCUGGUGUUUAUUGUGAACAGAUCAACAAGUAUUUGGUACUUGUUAGAAACCUUUCAGAGCUGACUAAAGCAGCAUUUCUUUUGCAGGCUGUCUGGUGCCUUUGGCCUUGCAGGCACUUAACCCUUUCAAGUGCAGAAGAAGUCAUCCUUUAGAACUCAAGUUGCCAGUAGUCGCGACUGGUUUUCUAACAGAUUUAUUCAGCGGAAGUAAUUUAUUCCAGAAGGAUAUCCCCAUUGUCAGAUUUGAAAACUGGACGGCCGUCAUAAUAGCAAAAAAAUGCUACUGAUAGUAGGCAGUCAUUCUGAAUGUAUUCAUUCUUAACUUGGAUUUCUUGGCCAUGAUCGUUACCUUUGUGGUAGUAGGUUAUAAGGUUUUUGUCUCAGGUAAGAGAUGAUGGAGGUCUAUAGCUGGUAGACUGAUAAUGUAUGGUGCUUUUGCACAAUAACUUGUACUCUAUUUGGGAAUAUAAUUUCAUGGGCAUUUAAUAAUGUAGAGAACAGCAUUUUUCUCUUUGCAUUAGGGGACCACCUUAUUAAGCCUGCUGAGCAAAGAAAAAUAAUACUGUUGGAAAAAAAAAAAGGAAAGAAGAGUAGCUUUGGUUGCUGAAGCUCUGUGUUGCUCAGGCAAUCCAAAUAAGGGAGAGUAUUUUAAUAACUCUGAUAUUUGAAAGAAAAAAUAAUUGAGAAUAAUAACGUCUUGAUGUCAUUGUGACCCUGCCAGUCAGUUUACCGUUUUACAGCCCCCUAGCUACAUUGGUAAAUCCUUUUUUUUCCUCUGGGGCUAAGAUUGUUGAGAGGGCUCCUUACUGCUCCUCACAGGGUGUUUAUGAAUUUCUACCAUUUUACGAGUUUAUGCAGUUGGUAACGUGAUUGUGACCUGCUCAGAUCAAGCGUUGCUGUGUUUAAAACGGGCCAUUAUUUCUAGGAGGUAAAUAGAUGGGGGAGGCAAGGAUAUAAAAUAAAGCACAGAAGUUUAAGUUUUACAUAACACCUUGGAGGUCCUGGAUUACCUUUUACAAUGUACAGAAAAUCGCUUCACUUGCAGCCAAACGUGCACAUGUAUUUUUCAGUGUACAAAUAAAUUCAUCCUAAAAUAAGUAUGAAAAAUGUGCUUGAUUGGGAACUCUGAAAGUCAAUAUUUUCCCUUCUGGAUUUCGUUUGAAGAGGGUUUGGUAAACAGAAGUGAUACUUCAUUAGAAAUAUCAUAACUAGGCUUCCCGGCCUCUGAAUUGUCCUAUACUCUUGGAGAAGAAUUCAAGGACAGCUCUUUAGCCAUCAACUUAUCCAUGAAAUGUCUGUAACUGGCCUUACGUUUCAACAGACCUAACUCAGUUGUCUGGGAGUCCCCGGAAAGGCCAGCCUUAAGAGAUUAUUAAAAUAUCAAUAAGCGUGUUUCUGUGACUCCUGGUACAGAGUUUGAUUCACAUCCCUUUUGUAUAAAUGUGCCUUUAUUUUUUUUCCAUUCUGAAAUGUCAAGUGGAUUUUCUGUUUGCACUUACCUUGAAUGAUAGUUUUUGAUGACUAACGCAUGGUUAACACUGGCUCAUUUUGUUUCCUAUAAGAAGUUAGUCGAUAAACAUGUUUUUACUAAAAGCCUGAAAUUUAGUGAAGGUAGGAGUGAAUGUUAAUUCUUUCAUUUAUAGUUGUCUGCAAGUAACACAUAGUUUAGACUAUGAAGAGCUUAAAUACUUGUGUAAGAUGACAUAGUACAGCAAGGCAGAAUAUUAUUUUUAUAGGGGAGACAGAUGAUUUGAUUUCCAUUGCUUUAUAUCUUUUGAUAUGUGCAGCUUAACUGCUUCAAACAACAGAUUUAGUUCUGCUCAUACUGCCAAACUUAUCAGAAGCAGGCUCUCCUUAUUUUGUGAAAAGCAUUGAAAAUAAGAAAUCAUAGAAAUCCCAAUAGAGAUAAUAAUUUCUGUUCUAGGGUGUUCCACACAAGACUGCCCCUUUUUAAGGAAUUUUGUAGUCCUCAAUGAUGCUGUUCAAAUUUUAGUUUCAUUCAAUUCAGUUUAAUAAAAUACACAUUCAGAAUUUAAGAGGUGGUAUAAUAAUGAGUAUACGCCAUGCUAGUGUUGGAGAAUAUUUUCAGAUGUUGGCCGAAAGAGUUGUAAUUGGAUCAAGGUUUUAAAAAUAUGUAAAUACUUACAAUUACAGGAGUAAUAAAAAGGUUUAGGUAACUAAUCUUUAUUGGUGGAAAUAGUUUUUAGAAAUCUCUUUCCUGUUUCAUAAUUUAUGUAUCUUUGUCUUUAUCAGUGUAGUAAUAUAUUUUAUAAUCCUUAUAAACCUGAAGUUUUCAGGCCAAUGUACUAUAAAUAUGUGUACUACCUAUUACCAUCUCAAAUGUACUAAAACACAUUUUAGAACUAUUAAAGACGAAAAAGCAACAAACAUUAUAUUCUCUUUGACAUAUUUGAUGUGAGCAGGACUGAUUCAUUGAUUUUUUUAUAGCUUUUAAUGCAUCGCAUUUGUGGAGUAAUGAAAAUGCAAUGGUAAUGGCAAUAACGUAAGCAAAAAUUGUAUCCUAAACCUGAAAAUUACUUUUCAGAAAAUUCAUUGUAGUGUAAUCACAGUUUGAGGCUUUCGGGGGGCAGAGGUUCCCCUGAUGACGGUGUUUGGAUUCAGGCUAAGAGGAACUCCUUUUUUUCUAUUUAGGUGCUCUUUAACGGACACGUUUUGACAAAACAUAUUUAGCAGAAGUUUUUAGUGAUCAUCGUCAUAGCUGCUAACCUGUAAACAUUUAUGCUUCUAACGUUCAAAGAAAAUGUAUUUUUUCUGUCACCGCGUACGGCAAAUUUUCUUUUAUUACACCCUUAGCUUUGGCCUACUCUUCCCGAAGUAUUUAUAUUAUAUCCUGUAUCCAUAUUAUUUAUAUAUUAUCACCUCUUUACUGAUUGUCACAUCAGUAUUACUUAGGCCAUCUUUCUAUCUUCCACUAUUAAUAGUAUUGUGUUAUGUUGCCCUGCUGUGCUUUUUGAAUAUUAAGGGUUCCAUUUUUAGCAGAUACAUAAAACAGUCUAUAGGCUAUUUUCUGGUAUGGUAUGUUGUUUGUAUGUUUUUGCAAUACAGAGUCCACUCUGCCUUGCUUUAUCCUUGUGUUUCUUCCCUCCAGUGGAACACAGCAAGUUAUGUUAACUCUUUGAGUUAGUCUAACUGGUGUAGCAACACAAAUGCUUUUGAAACAAGUAGGCAUACCAACGUGAGAGUAAAUUAAUAUUUUACAGCAUUUGCAUCAUGUUUGACUGUCCUCUGCACUUCAGCAGAAUAGGAGGAGACUGUAAUUUGGACUCUAUAAAACCUUAUCUGCCAGGUGAUAGGUAAAUAGGAUGGUGUGCACAUACAUCGAUACACAAGGCAACACUCUCAACUGUUAGCUCAUAAAGCAAGCACUUUGCAAAUCCACGGUACCUGUACCUUGUUUGAAAAUGAUGAUCAAGUAUUUUGAUGCUUCAUUUGAGAUGUUACUAGAUAAAAUCAAGAUUACUACCCCCUCCCGGGCCCUUAAAACAAGUACUGUGUAAGAAUAAAUAGAAUAUUAUGAGCUUUUAUUUAAUUUGGCCACUAUUUAUAUUUGUAACUCAACAAGCUUCUUAGUGAAGGACAGUGUCUUCCAAGGACUUCAGAGACGUUAUAGUCUCGAACAGCUUCGUUCUUUCUCUGUCUACACUUAUUACAUGUGGGGAAACCAAGGCCUAGAAAACUUUCUUCUUCUGCAUAUCAGUCCCAGGCAUGCAGUAGAUGCUUAAAUAAAUACUUGGUGAAUGGAUUAGCUAGAAGUAAGAAUACUUUGGCUAUUAUUCAUUACUUUGCACAGUGUUGGAAAGCAAUCGAAAUUAUUUUCCUUUCCAGCUGGGCUGUGCUCUUAAAAAUAGUGAGUGUGUAUGGAUGAAAAUAAUCAUGAGAUGUGUUGCCAUGUACCCAAGGAUAAUUGGCUCACUUACCUGUUUACAGAUUAUUCACAUUGGAGAUCAUAUUCAUAGCUCCAGAAUAGUUUUUUUCUGACACCCAAUAUAAUCCUGGGCCUUCUCCUUCCUACUGUUACCUGGCGUGGGCUUAGGAAACCCAAACUAAAUUUAAAACCAGCCUAAACAAAUAUGCAGAUCAGCUCCAGUAAUCAAAGGCUGAAAAAACUCAGUCCAGCAAUGACUAGUUUGGGGAUUAGUUUAUAAUAACUGUGCUACUGAUUUUAUUUAAUGUGGACAGUUGGGAACUACCAGUAUUUAAAAACAUGAUUUAAAUAGAUAGUGCUGGAAACUAUGUUAGCAGAUCGAGUCCUCAACUUCUUCCAUUUCUAUGCAUAGGUCUUUACCUCACAAAACCUACUACAAGCACCAAGCUCCCUGAUGGAAAGGAGGAUCGUGCAGCAAAUCACCAGGGUGGUCCAUUCAAGCUGCAGAUUUGUCUGUCAUCUUGGGACAGCAGGCUCGUCCUCCGCAGCCACUGCAGGAAAGUGCGUCACCCAUCAGCAUUCUGGAGCAAAAUGAAAGAGUUUAUUUUGAGGCCUCCAAAGUAGUGCUGCUACAGACCAUGAACAAGAAAGAGAAGACCUCAGCCUGCACGAACGGUUUUGAAAUGCAGAUGGUCUUGGGUCUAGGCUUUUUGUAUUGAGUUUCUCUACUGUCUCCCCUUCUGCUCAAGCAAAAUCUGUGUGAAAAGAUCUGCCGGGAAGGAGCUGACUGCUUAUGAUUCUCCAUUGUGAUGAAAGCACAUGGUACAGUUUUCCAAAGAAAUUAGUCCGUUUUCUGGGUGAAGAGAAACCAAUCUGUUUUCACAGGGUACUUCUCCCUUCCCUGUGAAAGGAAAAAAGAACACGCCUGGGCCCAGGAGCACUCCAGCUUCUUCUGGGAAGUCUCCAUGGUGAAGGACAGGUUGGGGCUACCUGUGAACCGUGCACAGUGAAUGUUAUUCCAGGGCGGCUGCUGGCGGAUCGCACCCACAGGGAGAUGAUUCCUCAUGAAGAGCCUGGAUCCCCUACAGAAAUCAAAUGUGACUUUCCGUUUAUCAGACUGAAAGCAGAGCCAGCCAGAGAGUGAAACGGUCACCGUGGAGGGGGGACGGCGAAAAAUGAAAUCCAACCAAGAGCGCAGUAACGAAUGCCUGCCUCCCAAGAAGCGCGAGAUCCCCGCCACCAGCCGGCCCUCGGAGGACAAGGCCACGGCUGUGCCCAGCGACAACCACCGCGCGGAGGGCGUGGCAUGGCUCCCGGGCCACGCGAGCGGCCGGGGCCACGCGGGCGGGCGGCUAGGGCCGGCGGGGCCCCCGGCAGAGCUCGGUUUACAGCAGGGAAUAGGUUUACACAAAGCGCUGUCCGCGGGGCUGGACUACUCCCCGCCCAGCGCGCCCCGGUCCGUCCCGGCGACCACGACGAUGCCCGCGUACCCGCCCCCGCAGUCCGGGGCCCCGGUGUCGCCCGUGCAGUACGCCCACCUGCCGCAUACCUUACAGUUCAUCGGCUCUUCCCAGUACGGCGGGCCCUACGCCGGCUUCAUCCCUUCUCAGCUGAUCUCCCCCACGGCCAGCCCCGUCACCAGUGCGGUGGCCUCGGCCGCGGGGGCCGCCACUCCAUCCCAGCGCUCCCAGCUGGAGGCCUAUUCUACCCUGCUGGCCAACAUGGGCGGUCUGAGCCAAGCCUCGGGACACAAGGCUGAGCAGCAGCAGCACUUGGGCAGGACCGCGGGGCUCCUGCCCCCCGGGUCCCCACCACCCACCCAGCAGAACCAGUACAUGCACAUCUCCAGCUCUCCGCAGAGCGCCGCGCGCCCGGCCUCCCCGCCGGCCAUCCCCGUCCACCUGCACCCGCACCAGACGAUGAUCCCGCACACGCUCACCCUGGGGCCCUCCCCGCAGGUCGUCGUGCAGUACAGCGACACCGGCAGCCACUUUGUCGCCCGCGAGGCCACCAAGAAAGCCGAGAGCAGCCGGCUGCAGCAGGGCGUGCAGGCCAAGGAGAUCCUGAACGGGGAGAUGGAGAAGGGCCGCAGGUAUGGGGCGCCCACCGCGGCCGACCUGGGCCUGGUGAAGGCGGGCGGCAAGGCCGUUCCCCACCCGUACGAGUCCAGGCACGUGGUGGUCCACCCCAGCCCUGCUGACUACGGCAGCCGCGACUCCUCUGGGGUGCGGGCCUCUGUGAUGGUCCUGCCCAACAGUAGCACCCCUGCCGCCGACCUGGAGGUGCAGCAGGUCACCCACCGAGAGGCCUCCCCCUCCGCCCUCAACGACAAAAGCGGCCUGCACCUAGGGAAGCCCGGGCACCGAUCCUACGCGCUGUCUCCCCAGCAGGCCCUGGGCCCCGAAGGCGUGAAGGCCGCCGCCGUCGCCACGCUGUCCCCCCACACGGUCAUUCAGACCACACACAGUGCUUCGGAGCCCCUCCCGGUUGGACUGCCGGCCACAGCCUUCUACGCAGGGACUCAGCCGCCCGUCAUCGGCUACCUGAGCAGCCAGCAGCAAGCGAUCACCUACGCCGGCGGCCUGCCCCCGCACCUGGUCCUCCCCGGCACCCAGCCCCUGCUCAUCCCUGUGGGCAGUGCUGACAUGGAGGGGUCGGGUGCGGCCUCGGCCAUCGUCACGUCGUCGCCCCAGUUUGCUGCAGUGCCUCACACGUUCGUCACCACCGCCCUUCCCAAGAGCGAGAACUUCAGCCCCGAGGCCCUGGUCACCCAGGCCGCCUACCCAGCCAUGGUACAGGCGCAGAUCCACCUGCCUGUGGUGCAGUCGGUGGCAUCCCCUGCAGCCGCGCCCCCUACGCUGCCUCCCUACUUCAUGAAAGGCUCCAUCAUCCAGCUGGCCAACGGGGAGCUGAAGAAGGUGGAGGACUUAAAAACGGAAGACUUCAUCCAGAGUGCAGAGAUCAGCAACGACCUGAAGAUCGACUCCAGCACUGUGGAGAGGAUCGAGGACAGCCACAGCCCGGGCGUUGCUGUGAUACAGUUCGCUGUCGGGGAUCACCGAGCACAGGUCAGCGUGGAAGUUUUGGUAGAGUAUCCUUUUUUUGUGUUUGGACAGGGCUGGUCAUCCUGUUGCCCGGAGAGAACCAGCCAGCUCUUUGAUUUGCCGUGUUCUAAACUCUCCGUUGGGGAUGUCUGUAUCUCGCUCACCCUCAAGAACCUGAAGAAUGGCUCUGUUAAAAAGGGCCAGGCCGUGGAUCCCGCCAGUGUCCUGCUGAAGCACUCAAAGACCGACGGCCUCGCGGGCAGUAGACACAGGUACGCCGAGCAGGAAAACGGGAUCAAUCAGGGAAGUGCCCAGAUGCUCUCUGAGAAUGGCGAACUGAAGUUUCCAGAAAAAAUUGGAUUGCCUGCCGUGCCCUUGCUCACCAAAAUAGAACCCAGCAAGCCCGCGGCCACGAGGAAGAGGAGGUGGUCGGCGCCGGAGAGCCGCAAACUGGAGAAGUCUGAAGACGAGCCACCUUUGACUCUUCCUAAGCCUUCUCUCAUUUCUCAGGAGGUUAAGAUUUGCAUUGAAGGCCGCUCUAACGUAGGCAAGUAGAGGCCGUGUGGGGAAAGGAAAUCUGGCCCUCCUUUAUCAUUUGUAUCCAGAUUACUGUACUGUAGGCUAAAUAACACAGUAUUUACAUGUUAUCCUCUUACUUUAGGGUUCUGUUAUAACCUUGUCCUUAGAGUUACAGCGGGGGUUGGGCAGGAGAUGGUGCAUAUGCUUUUUCCACGCGUGUCUCUCAAUGGGGUGGGCAGGCAGGGGCUGGGGCAGGUCCAGCCCGGGCUGUGGGCGGGCGUCCUGGUGGAAAUGAACGUGGCCCCACGGUGCCUGCCUUUUCUAGCAGCGCAGAUGCACCCAUGGGGUGCCGACUUCUCCCGGUUUCGGGACAACGGGCUGCAGGGGGUGCGUGCGUGCGUGCAAGUGAGGGUGCCCGGGUGCCACGGCAGGUGAGGGUCUCUUUCUCUCUGCCUCCCUCUCUCUUGCUCUCAGCACGGGAUUGGAGGUCCAGGGGCAUGUCCUCAUGAGGUUCUCACGUGCAAAAUCAGCAUCAGGACCCCAGGUUCAGGGCAUCCCAGGGAGGCCGUCAAGACAGCAGAUGGAAAACUAACCGUGUAAAAGAACAUUUUUUUUCCUCCAACAUAUUUUACAAUAAAAGCGACUUUUAAUCAUAGAGAUAUAUAUUCCCCCCAUGGGGCCUGACUGCACUGAUAUUUUUUUAAAGAGCAACUGCCACCCGUGGGAUUUCGUUUCUGCUUUACUAGUGCAGUGAUGUCUCCAGGGCAUCGUGGUGGGCAGGGCAGCCCCCGCUGCCAUCGCUCCGCACCCAGGGGGUGGGCAGCGGGGGUGGUGGAGAGUGAAACCCACCCUGGUCUCUGUGCAGUGUUAGGAAAACCAAUCAGGUUAAUCGCAUUGACUUCACUCCCAAGAGAUAGACACAAGAGAGCCGCAGAAGCUCUUCGCAUUGGGUUUGCAAAUCUUCUGUCUUUUAACUCUAGUACUGUUUGUAGUUCAUGACUAUGGACAACUCGGGUGCCACUUUUUUCAGAUUCCAGUGUGACGUGAGGAAUUAGAUUUUGAAGAUGAGCAUAUAUAUUACUAUCUCUAAGCACUUAAAAUACUGUUCACACUUUUAUUACCAAGCAUCUUGGUCUCUCAUUCAACAAGUACUGUAUCUCACUUUAAACUCUUUGGGAAGAAAAACUAAGUUGCUUUCUUUUUUUUUUUCAACACUGUAACUACAUUUCAGCUCUGCAGAGUUUCUCACGGAGCAAGAUGUUGAAAGUUUCAAUGUGGUUUAAUGGGAUGAAUGUGAAUUUUGAACUAGUAUGUGACAAUGAAUGACCACCAAGUACAGCCUGACAGGAGGCACUCUUCACUUUGAUGUUUGAGAAGGAAUUAAAAGCAUAUGCAGAGCUGGCAGAGGAACUGAGAGGAAAGGGAUGGAAAAAAGAAUACUCACUUUUGUCCAGUGUUUUUCUUUUUAAGAUGAACUUUUAAAGAACCUUGCGAUUUGCACAUCUUGAGUUUAUAAUUUGUGUGAUAUUCCUGCAGUUUUUAUCCAAUAACAUUGUGGGAAAGGUUUGGGGGACUGAACGAGCAUAAAUAAAUGUAGCAAAAUUACUUUCUAACCUGCCUAAACUCUAGGCCAUUUUAUAAGGUUAUGUUCCUUUCAGAAUUCAUUUUGGUCUUCUUACCGCAUCUGUCACAUAAAACCAGGUCUUAGCAGGACAACUCUGAGAAUUUUCUUCAGAUUCAUUGAGAGAGUUUUCCAUAAAGACGUUUAUGUAUGUGAGCAAGUUUUUUUUUUUUUUAAAAAGAAAACGAUUACUUUGUUGUUGUUACUGAUGUUAUUUUCAGAAUGACUUUUAUUUUUCCAUCUGAAAUCAAAUCAAGAUUUAAUGUUUGGUACAAACCCAGAAAGGGUAUUUCACAGUUGAAACCUUUUAUUCCCAGAGAUCUGAAAUAUUGUUUGUGGGUUUUGAGUGUGCAUUUUAAAGUGCUUUAAAAAAAAAAAUGUUUUAUAAGGAGGGAGAAAUUUUUAAAUAUUCUUACUUGGAAUGGCUGCAACUUAUCUGAACAAAUGCCUGAGUUUUCUUUUACCAUUGAGAAUAGUACUUUUUCCAUUUCACCAAUUAAAAAAAAAUUCUAAUAACCCACAUUUUGGCUAUCUAGUAUUCACAUUUAGCUCUCAGCAGAACUAAUGAUUUUUACAAACCAUUUUCUGGGGUGUACCAAAAACAUUGGAAUAGGUUUAGAAUAGCUAGAUCCAGUCCUUGACUUUCUUUGAUUUUCAUUACCCUCUCAGCAUGCUAGCAGAGAGCUGGGUGAGUCCAUUCUUGCAGUCAUAUUGCUUAUUUAGUGCUGUAUUUUUUUAAAUGUCUCUGUUCAGAGAACUUGCUUAAUCUUCCAUGUAUUCUGCUCAGGGCACUUGCAAUUAUUAGGCUUUGUUUUUCUUUUUGUUUUGAUGGUAAGAGGAAUAUGGGGCUGCCAUUAUAGACUUUGUCCUCAUCAGUACCACUAAUUACAGCAACUCAUGUGGACUCAGAGAAACACCCACCACCUUCUGGCUUCUUUCGAGUAUCGAACUAACUGGAUCCACACCUCCAACACUAAAAUGGGAAAAACAUAACGUGGUUUGGAGCAAUAGGAACAUCAUCAUCGUUUUUGUGCUUCUGUUUCAGGUAUAGGAAUUAUCAAAUAAUUGGUUCUUUCUAAACAUUGUCCCAUUUCACUUUCUUGCUUCUUUAGCACGUGCAAUACUUUCCGUGCCAAUAGAGUCUGAUCAGUGUGCUCUAGAGGAAGCUCAGACCCUUUUGGCUUUUUCAUUACUCGGUCCCUCUUUCCUGUUCUGGCCAGAGUAAGGGCUGGAAGGAAGGAGCCAGGAAGGGGAGGGCCUCCUGCUGCGCGUUUGCCCUGCUGCGGAUGCCGAAUCCUGGGGCAGGGAGCUUUCUUUCGGGAGCCCUGUCUGCCACCUUGUUGCAGAAAGAGCAAGCAAAGGAGGUGGAAGGGGAGAACGGCACUUCCCCCGUCACCACGAGGAGUAGCGAAUGUGCAGUGCAGACGGGAGGGAGACAGAGUCCUUUCUGAGGCGCACUCUGGAGCAAUAGUGCCAGGAUCAACCCAUGUUCCACGAUCUUUUCCGCGAGUGGGCAGGUCUGUGUCCUUGAGACUUCGAGCCGAGCCUCUGGGCGCGGGCAGGAAGCGUGGCCCGCCGUGUGCGCACCUUCCAAGCGUCCGGCCGGUGGCUACGGAAGGGGCCACCUGCGAACAAUGGUCACCACUCCUUUGUGGCAGCUCUCUCUUCAAAUAGAACAUCCAGAGGACAGGGGCCUCCUCUUGUGUGCAGACGCUGGCGAGCCCCAAGGCUCCCAGAGCAGCCUUUGUCACUGCGCCUGCGUAGCCGACCUAACAAUGACAGGCAUAGAAACCCUUCCGUGCCGUGCAGCUUACGAGGAUCAGCCAUGUGCCUCUGUACUGUGUCCACUUUGCAAUAUUUACUGAACCCGUCUUUCGUUCUUCUUUCUUUCCUGUUUUCCAUUUUGAAACUAAUAACAGCAGGCCUUUUGCGUUUACAGUGGAACACAAUCACCAAGAAAUUAGUCAGGGCGAAAAGAAAAAGAAUAACAAGCAACCAACAAACAUGAACCUCUCUUUAUAGGGAUUUCUAAAUAUAUAAAAUGACUGUUCCUUCCUUAGAAUGUUUUAACGUUAAGAAUUAUUUCAGUUUGUCUGGGCCACAUUGGGGGUGAGGUGGGGAUACAGAGAUGGAUGCCACUUACCUCAAAUCUUUUAAAGUGGAAAUCCAAAAUUGCUUUUUCAUUUGGACGUUCAGGAUAAUUUUCUAUGUUGGUCAAUUUUUUGUCUUUUCCAACUCACCCAGUUUGUUUUGGGAUGCUUUUUCUUUUUUUCAUUGCUGUCGUCAAUCCCAUUUCUCACUCUGAAUCAUGACCCUUUGUGUUUUCUGUUAGGUGAGUGUGUUGGGUUUUGUCCCCCACCGGGAAGUGGCAGCACCCCUCCUUCUCCCCUCUAAGGAACUCUGCGGAACCUUUCACACCUCUAACUCAGGGACGGGGCUGGCGUGUGUGUGGUACACUGAUGUGUCCAGAAGCAGCACUUUGACUCUUCUGGAGUAGGGAUGUACAACUUCAAGGAAUGUUUGGAUUUCCUGCAUCUUGUGGAUUUCUCCUUAGAUACUGCAUAGAUUGCAAUAUAAUGCUGCAUGUUCAAGAUGAACAGUAGCUCCUAGUAAUCAUAAAAUCCACUCUUUGCACAUAGUUUGAUCUUUACUGAAAUACGUUGCCAAAAUUUAUUUUUGUUGUGUAGCUUUGGAAUUUUUGUUUGUUUUUUUUUAAGGAAACAAUUGAUGAUACCCUUUAACAUCUGUGACUACUAAGGAAACCUAUUUCAUAGAGAGAGAAAAAGAAUCUCAAAUGCUUUUGAAGACACUAAUGCCAUGCUAUUUCAGAUCUGGGUGAAGCAGCAGAGCUCUGUGGACUGAAGGCCAGGCUUUUUGAGCUGUGCUGGUUGUCAUGGCCACUGUUUCAUGAACUGCAGGCAGCUCGACAAACCAUGGUCUGUUUUCUCCUAAAACCCUUUGCACUUCCUAUCUCCUAGUCACCCGAGAUGAUCCCAGGUGAAAAAAGGGCCAGCGGUCUCUGUGGCCCAAUCCAGCUUCUUCGGGGUGAUGUGAAAGCAAAGGGAAUUAUGCUUUUUGGUUUUUAAAGUGAAGUGGAGGUCUUUGCUUCCACCUUGUUUUCAACCCAGAAUUUCUGAAAUAGAGAAUUUUAAGAACACAUCCAGUAAUAACUAUACAGAGAAUAUACUUUUUUAUAAAGCACAUGCGUAUGCCAUUGUGUUGGGUUGGUUUCCUCUUUUUUUCCACGGACAGUGUUGUGUUUCUGUUGAUAGGGAAACUCCAAACUGUUUGCACACCUCUACUCCGGAGCUGAGAUUUCUUUUACAUAGAUGACCUCGCUUCAAAUAUGUUACCUUACUGAUAGGAUCUUUUCUUGUAGCACUAUACCUUGUGGGAUUUUUUUUUUUUUUAAUGUACACCUAAUUUGAGAAGCUGAAGAAAAAAAACUUUGAAGCACUCACUUUGAGGAGUACAGGUAAUGUUUUUAAAAAUUGCACAAAAGAAAAAUGAAUGUCGAAAUGAUUCAUUCAGUGUUUGAAAGAUAUGGAUCUGUUGAAACAAUGAGUUUCAUACUUGUUUGUAAAAAAAAAAAAACAAAGGUUGAAAGUUACAUGUUUUUUUUGUAUAUAGAAAUGUGUCAUGUCUAAAUGAUCAGAUUUGUAUGGUUAUGGCCUGGAAGAAUUACUACGUAAAAGGCUCUUCAACUAUACCUAUGCUUCCUCUAUGUUUCUGUUACAUAGAACCCUCUUCUGAGGGAGAGUAACUCUGUAUUCUGCAAUUUGAGAAUACUGUUCAUUCCUAUGCCGAAAGUACUUCUCUGAGCUCCCUUUCUUAAACUCUUAAGCCAUUGCAACUCCUUUUUCUUCAGAGAUGAUGAUUGACAUUUUCAGCACUUCCUGUUCCAAUAAACCCAAAGAAUAUAAUUCUGAACAAGAAGUGUUUGUAACAAGGGAUCCUAGCUACCAA